AAUUAUGGAUGACAUCGAUCAGGCGAUUGACGAGGAGCUGAAAAAAUUACACCUUGAUCCUUCAGUAAAUGAUUCAGAAGAAUCCGAAGAUGAUAACUUUACACCGUUGGAUAGAUCUCUUCAUUCAGAAGAUCUUUCUGACUCAGUGCUUGCAUACAUUGAAGUUUCAAGGAAUCGAUUAAAUGCCUUUGAACAAUUUAUCCUUGAAGAUAUUGAGGAAGAAGACUCCUCAAGUCAGCAGCUUGACGUCUAUCACGAUGGUAAUCAAAUAAAUAUGAGCACUAUAGAGGACUCCAAAAAGUGGAAAGAAAAAGUAAUCAGUGAAUUUGAAGAACAGGUUGGACAGAAUGCUCAGAUGGAGAUCUCAAAGAUGGCCAAUACAGAUGUUGUUAUUGACCACGAUGGUUGCACAGAAACUCAACUCAGUCUUGAAUGGAGAGAAUUGGAGAAAAGACUGAAAGAGGAAGAGGAGCAGAAAUUAGCAGCACAGGAAGUAGAAAGAGAGCUGCAUUUAAACUCGGAGAGGGAGGAUGAAGAGAGGCGGAGGAGAUCACUGAUGGAGUUCGAGGAGCAGCUGAUGAAGGUUUCAAAACCCACACUGCUUCAGAAUGGUGGAGAAAAAAAUGAAGUUUUUUACACAGUGGAUCAACAUGAACUGGAUAAACAGCAGAAGUAUUUAAGGAAGCUGGAAAAGGAACUAGAGGAGGAGAAACAGGCUUUUGAGAAGUCUCAGGAGGAGGAGAGAAAGAGAACCCAUGAGCUUCACUACAGAGCAGCUACAAAGAUCCAAGCUGCUCUUAGAGGAACAUUAGUGCGACGCUGGAGAGCAAAAGAGAUCAAAAGAAAGAGAAAAGAAGAGGAAAAGCUUGAGGAAGAGAAGAGGGAGUGGGAGAAGAUAAAAAAGGAAAGGGAGGAGGAGAUGAGAAGGACCGAGGAGGAACAACGCUUUCAUCGAGAAGAGAUGGAGAGACGUAGAGCUGAGUAUGAGGCGUCAAAAGAACUUGAGCGCCAUCGUCUGGAGAAAGAAAGAAGGCUUGAGCAGCAGAAGAAAAGAGAGGAAAAGGAUGAGCAGAGAAGGAGGGAGAUGAAGACGAAAGAGGAUCAGGGAGACAUUACAAGUGUAAAAGAGAGCAAAGGGAACAAGGAGAGCAAAUGCUUAGAGAAACCGAAAAGACUUGUGAAACAGAGCAAGAAAGAGGAGGAAGAUAAACAGAAGUGUAUGGAGGAAAAGGAAGAACAUAGGAACAUUACAAGUGUUAAAGAGGAAAGCCAGUGCCUGGAGAAAGAGAAAAGACUUGAGCAGCAAAAGAAGAAAGAGGACCUAGAUGAAGAGAGAAGUAGGGAGAGGGAGAAAAAAGAGGAGGAGAGCAAAAUUCUUGGUGUAAAAGAGGAGACCCAGUGCUUAGAGAAAGAGAAAAUACUUCAGCAGGGGAAGAAAGAGGAGGAAGAUGAAGAGAGAAGGAAGGCAACGAAGAGGAAGGAGGUGCAGAGCAGCAUCACAAGUAUGGAAAAGAGGAAUGCGAAAGAGGAGAGCAGAAAACAGGAGGAGGAGAAACUUAAUAGAGAAAAUGAGAGAAGGGAAUCAGUGAGAAGUAGCAGACCAGAGGAGGAAUGUAAAAGAAGAGAGGACAAUGAGGAAAGAGGAGAAAUAAUGAUUAAAAGCAAUGAAAAUGAGAUGAUAAGAGAAAGACAAGAUAACAAGGAAGGAAUAACCAAUGAGAGCAAAGAGGAAGAAAGGAAUGAGAUUAAAAAAAUGGGCCAAAAAAUAAAAGUGGAAAAAUAUAAAGAUCAGAAACUACAAAUAAUGAGCAAUAAAGAUACAAUGAAGAACUUUCAAGAAACAAAUCAAGCUAAAAGCAGUUGGGAUGGAGAGCUUAGUUCACAGAUGGAUUCUCGACAGUCAAGAAACAACCUAAAAGUAUCUACAGCCACCCCCAAGUCCUGCAUACAUACACAUCAAGAACUCUCUAAUGAACUGUUUGGUUCAACAACAAUUAUAGGUCACUUAAGUUCUGAGGUGACAGAUAAGAGUCUGAAUGUAGACAGUAAGAUGGAAACAACCGGGCAUCAAAAUGUUACAACCAUUGAGCUUGAGAACUGUGGACCAGAGAUCCAAGAAUUAAGUUCUGUAUGUCUGCCUGACAGCACAGAGCAGAAACGUCUGGUCUGGAUAAAGAACUGCACUCCCUGGUCCAAACUAUCAUUGCAGAAUAAGAAAAAGAAGGCAUCUGUCCAACAACAGUCCCAAAAGAGAAGGGCAAAAAGAUCAAAAUUACCCAGCUUGCCCCCUUUGACAACAGAAACUAUUCUCAGCAUAGGAGCUUGGAGCUCUCUCAAAGAGGUUACAACAGUGACUCUGGAAGACCUGCCAGGCUGUAGCCUGUCCACACUGUCUCAAUGUUGCCAACUACAGACGUUAACACUUAGACGCUGUGGACUCAGAUCUUUGGAUGGACUUAACCAGUGUCCUCAGAUCAGAUACAUUGAUGCACAGGAGAACUCAAUCAGCCAUGUGGAUUGUGGGGGUCUGGCUAACCUUCAGGUCCUCCUGUUGGGUAAAAACCAGCUGACGAACAUCCAUGGUCUUGAUGAUGCUGAGAAUCUCCAGGUCCUUCACUUGUCACACAACAGCAUCUCACGCAUCAGUGGUUUAGGAUCCCUGAAAAUGCUUCUGAGAUUAUUACUAGACCACAACCAACUUCUCAGCACUAAAGGUUUAAAUGAAAUUUAUACCAUUUUGCAUCUGGACUUUUCAUAUAACCAUCUAAGCCACGUUGAGGGUUUGGAGAAUUGUGCACUCCUUAACACGCUGGACCUCAGAGGAAACAGUCUUACUGAGCUCCCUGUCCUAAAUAACCAUGUACUUCUGAGGGACCUUUUUCUGGAUGACAAUCUUAUAUCUUCUGUUCAUGAUCUGGAAUCCUAUUGGUUACCUUUGCUCCAAAACCUCUCUGUCGCUCAUAACAGUAUAACUGACUUAGUCCCACUCUUGGACUUGGUCUCUCUGAAAAGACUGGAUGUCAGUCACAACUGUCUGUCAGACCUUCAUAACGUUUGUCUGAGUCUUCAGGGAUGCUCUAGUCUUCAAGAACUUGACCUGACUGAUAACCCGCUAUAUCAAGAGAACCACUGGAGGUCCUUACUUCUGGAGACAGUGCCAGGCUUGAUUAAGUUGAAUAAUGAGCAGACUUCUGCAACAGCAGCGCCCUCUAAAGGUCUGGGACAGCAGUGGAGUUUUCAAGCACUUUGUCAGGCACAACAGGGGCAUCGUGAGUCACUCCUUCAGCGGCACCAAAUGGAGAUCAGGUCAGCGCCCUCACAACAUAAUGCCCAGCUUCUUGUCAGUGGUCACCAUGCAGAGCUCUUCAGAUUAGCAGUGGACCAGCGUUACGCCCAUGAAUACGGAGACAGCUGUGUCACAGAGGAUCCUUCGGCAGCCACUGAAAGCAAUCCGUGUGAUUUUUCUGAAGCUUCUCCAUCACAAAGUCCAGAGAUGGAACCUCAGCAUACAUCAAAUCCUUUGAAGCUUCAGUCGAACGACCCUCAGACUGACUUUCCAGAAAGUUGUAGUGAGACGCCCACCAAGAAGAAACCUCUUAACCUUAAAAUAGCGGCAGCUGUGGUCAUCCAGCGUUGUUGGCGGAGAUACGUAUUGCGGAGACGUGAAGGCCCCUCAGGCUUAAUUGCAAAAACUAACCAGAGAUCGAAUAUUCGUAUGGUGGAAGAUUGGCGUGUUGAGAGGCCAGAACUUCGUGAGAACGACCGUGCCGCUAUUGUUAUUCAGGCUGCGUGGAAAGGCUACAAUCUGCGUAGAAGGCUGGCCCAGGCUCUAGCCGACGUGCGAAUCACAGAGAGCGAUGAGGACUUUGAAGAGGUGGACACGGACGAAUUCACAUUUGAUGAGAAGAAGAUGGAGAAAGACUGGAUAACCCUGAAUUCCGAUGCCUCACCUGCCAGGGCGAUGCCAUAUUCAGCUCUCUCUCGGCUGCCAAAGCAUCAGAUGUCUCCAUUGAUGCCUCCUGACUCUGAGACUCCAUCUGGUAUUCCACAUCAACCCAAACAUGCCUGGUCAGAUAGUAAAGCUGCAGUUUGCUUGGAACAACAUGUGUCACCACACCUUAGUAGCAGAAGCAACACCUUUUCCGAGAGAUCACAAAAAAUCUUUGAUGAAUGGGGCAUUUCAAGUGAGUCCACUGCCCGUCUCAUGCUGAAGAGAGCCGAUAGAAUGAAGGGCAGGAAACCACAGCAGAGAAGAUUAUUGGUUCAUCAAGUAAAAAAUGAAUUUCACAAUGCACCGAAGACAGAGGAACCACUAUUUAACAAGGAGAGAACCUACCAGAGGCGCCACGAGCACGCAGUUCAUCCUCACACAAACGCUGCCGUCUUAGGACGGAAUCAUUUCCUGCCUGAGAUUGACCAUGAAAUUCGUAAUGGUGGGAGAGUACAGCUUGUGGCCAGUGCUGGCAGCAGGGGUGGUGUAGAUUCAGGAGCUAAGUUUUGUGUGGACCCCGUUGGUGUCUCUCCACCUUUUAACAAACAAACUCGGGCUCGGAGACAUUCAACUGAAAAUGCAAAAACAGAAGUCCCAUCACCCGACAGAGUCGGUUCAGCUCCAGUCCCAAAAGAACGCAUCUCAUUUCGGGACAUCCCAGUCCGGAAUAGCGGAGGUUGGGGUGGAGGAAAGAAGAGGACUCAUCUUAACAAGUAAAAAGACGACUAUCAGCUUGUGCACUGAGAUAAUAUUGAUCCAGUUCGUUCUUUUAUUUUCACCUUCAUAUUUGUGGCCAUGUAUACGUCCAGGGUGUGAUGGAUGCCUUGUUGAUGUAAGCCCUUAACAAGACUUACAAUGCCCAUUUGAUCUCAAGUGAAAUUCCUUUCAGCUGCUGUUUUUACUAAAAUCCAGCUUCCUCUCCUCCAAAUGAAUUAGAGGCAAUGGAUGAGAUAUAGCCCAAAUAUCUGCAGGCGGUCACAGGAUACGUUUUGCUUUCAAGUAUCACUCCAUUUAACGUAAGCACUGCGAGUCAUGGAAUGGGUGGAAACCAUUUAAAAAUGACAUGCUUAAUAUGCGGACAAUGACAGCCAAUAGAAAUCAGCUCAUUCCUGUUUUAAUUCGCUUUGGUGUUUUUUUUGUCCUUUGCUUGUAUUGAGAAUUUUCUUAAUAUACAUUAAUAUAGGUAUUACUUCAAAGAUGAACAAUUACUUUGUUUAAUUUUCCAUCACAAACAUUCAUUUUGUAACUGAUUUGAUAAAAUGCUAAAAGCACAAUUCUGAAAUUUACGCAAACAUGUGUUUUUCUUAGCGUUAGUAUCAGAUAUAGCGAUAGCUGAGUUUGUAUAUUUUAAUUUGGACAUCAAAAGCUGACUUUCACAAACAGUGGUUGGAAAGGAACUUUUUUGGCACAAGCUUGGUGUUUUUAUGCCUAGAAAUGAUCAAAUAAAAAAUGUCUUAUUAGUGGGAGUUUUGGCAGCGUGUAUAGGCAGGCCAUAGGUCUCUGACUCGUAAUGCAAAGACCCUGGUUGAACUCUGUGUAGCUUACUGUAAACAUACGUGUGUUAAUAUAUAUGAACACUGAAAUAGAAUCAAAUUUGAACAUUUUCAACAGUACGAUUACAGACAAACAGAUAGACGUGCCUUGUUAGAUUAACAUUACCUUUCCAAGUUUCCACUUUUGCUAAAGCUCAAAAAAGCAAACUUAGUUCACAGAGUGAAUGCCAGUGGGUAAUUCGUGCCAGUUGUUACCCACAGCAAACGCAGGCAAACCAUAAGAGAUUAUCUUGCCAGCAUGAGCUGAUCUGUGCAGGGUUAGAAAGACCUUUUAGAGGUCUAUAAAACCUAUUGGUUUGUUUAUGUUUGUUGUAUUUAACUACCCAGGAACACAUUUUAAAGUAAGAAAGUUUGCAUUGACCAAAUUCUUCACACUUAAGUGAAUCGGCUUUUCAAACCAGAUUUCAUUCAGAAAACGUGUGCAUCUCGCCUGACCCGAGCAGCUCUAUCUCAGCAGCUGCCUGUGGCCGAACCGUUUAUUAUGAUUUUAAUUACUUAAGUGACUGCAAAGGCGUACGCAUACAAACCCAGCUGACAUGCUCACGCUAACCUCUGACCUUUACCAGAGAUUAAUUCUGUCUAUAGUACAUACAGUAAGAGAGAUACAGUGAGAGACAAUAAACAUGUGCAUGGUCUGCACUUAGUUUUCCCAACUUUCCAAACUUGUUCACAUACGACUUUCCAGUGUAUGUGAACAAACAAAUUUACAUUAAACAAUGGUUUGAAAGUUCCCAGCUUGCACUGCAGCAUGUUAAAUUAUAUGGUUAAUAGAUUACUGUUUUAAUGUUAUGCUGCU